AUGAACACUGGCAUACGACUGUUCCAAGAGCACGAGGUACGAGCAGCUCUAAAGGCUUACUUUCAGGGCCAGCCGCCGGCGGAUCCAGGUUGGCGCAUGGCGGUUAACGUUAUUAUUGCCCACACCUUACGCAAGAGGAAUGUCAUGCGGAAUCGGGAAGAGUAUCAAAAAUACAUCUACAAUGCGCUAGGAAUGGUACCCAAUAUCAUCUUGCGCACACCAUCGCCUCUGGCGAUUGGGGCAUUACUGUCAACAGUUCUUUACUUCAGCUUCACAUCUGAGAACCAUAUUGCGCUCACUCUCAUGGGUCUCACAGUCCAGCUCCUCUUGAUGGCAGGUUAUCAUCGGCCAGAGCCGGACGUGACUUUUGCGCGCCCUCAACAGCUCAUCCCUACAGAACACCUCCACCGCCGCCGUCUCUUCUGGCACGCAUACGUGAUCGACCACGAUCUCAUGCUGCGGAUCGGAAAGCCUGCCCUCAUUAGCGACGACUUCCUCCUGGAUCUCCCCGAAGAGCACCCAUCCGAUGGGUACAGCAUGUACUACUACCCCAACGACGUGACGCUCAACUUCUUCCUCGAGCAGGUCCGCCUUGCCCAGAUCCAGGGGCGCAUUUCCACGACCUUGUACUCUCGCAGCGGCCUUCCCGCGGCCGAGCUAGAGGCCGAGAUCCGCCGUCUCGAUAACGAGCUGACAGAAUGGCGUCAAAGCAUCCCUCCGAUGAUUCGCGCCGACAACGUCGAUGCCCUGCUUGACGGCGACUACUCUAGGCUGGUGUGUCUGACGACGUUGCACUUCACCUACUUUCAACUCGUUGUCGCGAUCCAUUCUGCGGCUUUCCGGCUACCCACACUGGAGGAUCAAGAGGGGGUAGAAGCCGGUGAUAUAGGCCCCAGUCUGGCGCUUUGCGUGAGCGCAUCGCGCGCGGCCAUAUCCCUGCUGAACUACCAUCAGAUCGAACACCCAUACACGCCCUACCUCCUCUAUCAAAUCGCUUGGAGCGUUGACAUUUUGUUUGUCAACAUUCUCCAGAACAAAAACAACCCCCGAGCUCGCCGUGAUCUCGACCUAAUUCGCACUGUCAUCUCCUUCUUUGAAAAGUACGACCCGUACCACCAGAGUGUCAUCUCGUAUCAAAUCAUCAAGGUCAUCGCCGACGUUGCAGCUACGGUCCUGGCAAACACCCCGACCCUGCCUCCGCACAUGCUUCCUGUUCCGCAAGUCCCACUCCCGGCCCCGAGUAUGCCGAUGAUGCCCGGCUCCGCGGGUGCGAUGCAGGGAGCUUUCUCUCCCCAGAUGCCCGGACCAGGGACGGCCCGUAGCGGUAGUAUAAACGGAAGCACCCCCGAUGUCCUCGGUCCCAUGACAAGUCUUUCCAUGGCGGACCAGCAGCAACAACAAACGUCACCAUUCAUGGACAUGUCAGCAGGAUUAGCGUCGCCCAACGACGGUCAGCUUUUCCCCGGAUUUAUGGAUAUGGCCGACUGGAGACUACCAAUGGAUUACCAGCCAGAGCUGUGGCAAUACGACAAUCUCCUAGACAAUCGGUUUCCCAACAACCAAAAUUAA